AUGCCGCGAGCAAAGACAGGCCAGGUACGGGGUAAACCACGCGGCAUCAGACAUGACAGAGACUGCAGCAACUGCAAGACCCGCGGUGUCAAGUGCGACCUCAACCGGCCCCGAUGUCUCCCCUGUGUCCAGGCUGACCUCGCUUGCGGCGGCUGGCCCCAGCGGGUUGUCUGGACGAGCGGGAGUACGUCGUCAACAGACAAACAACUCAUAAACGUAUCGAAUGGUGCGCAGCGCCGGCGCAUGGUACCCAGACGUCAAGAACCACUAUCACCAUCGGAUGGUUCCAUGUCAGUAAUCUCGUUCGCGCCACACCCUCCAUCGGCGGAAUCAGAGAGAGACGAUGGGGCUCCGACAUCGUUUCAUGCUCAGCGUGGACCUUUCCAUACCCCAGAUGAACCGAGCAUGCCCCCUGCCGAGCAAUACGGACUUGCUCAGCGUCUAUUGACUUUCUGUCGAAACGCCAAGCCAGCGGAUUACUCUCCUAGCACAACUGCUUUGGGAGACAAUCAUACGGUAUCCGCAGACCGGGUGACCAGACUCGUGUCUCGAAUCGACGAGUUCCUUCAAGCGCGCAUGAAGACCUACGCCAGCACAUCCUUUGCGCCCCUUCCACCGACCCCGUCCUCGCUCGACGGGAGACAGCCGACGCCCCCACUGCCGCUGCCGCUGCCGCCGCCGAGGCAGGACGAUGGAGAGGCGUCUGAACUCCACCGUCUCGCCGCCCUGGCGAGCUUGAGCGAGGCCCUUGACACAGCUGACCCGGUCGCUUUUGUGGGGAUCGCCGUCUUUGCCUUCUUCGAGGUCGUGUCGGACGCCGCGUUUGGGGAGUGGCAGACCCAUCUGCGCGGCGCGCGCUCGUUGCUGGACUACCACUGUCGCAGCCGGGAGGAACUCGACUCCCUCUCACGCCGGGUCAAUGGACUCAGCGAAAUCCUCGGGUACUUUGCCUGGUGGGAUGUCAUAGGGAUCAAUAUCAGGAGGCUUAGUGGACGGCACUCAAGUCAGGACGACGAGCCAAUCUUCCUUGACUGGCAUCGAGGCGUGGUGGGCGAUGAGUUCUUUGACACGGUGGGAUGUCCACCUGAUGCUUUUCAGGUAUUUGCAGUGCUCGCGGAUACAUCUUCAUUAAGAGAGAAGGACCCGGGCAGUCCACAUGUUGAGCUGGAUACAUAUGUGCAGGCUAUGGGCCAGCUUCUACGCCUAGGAUCAGAUAGUACGGAUCAGGGGAAGUGCGGUGAUUCUUGGAGAUGUGCAGCGGCAGUGGCAGUUCUCACUUGGCAACAGCAAAGCGUAGAUGGGAGGGACAAAAUUACACAGGGACCCCGGCAGGCGACGUUGGAUGCUGCCGUGGACAGGAUCUGCGAGCUGAUCGCCUCUGCAUCGCCGGCAUCCAGGUUUUACAUCCACAUGGCCACGGCGGCUUUCAUUGCGGGGAUCAACACGCGCUUUGUGCGACAUUGUGAGGUGUUGCGGAGUUACUGGAAGGGCUGUAGGAUAGGGGAGCAUCCUCGUUAUUGGGGGGCGUAUACAGAGUGCGAGGACAGAUGGAGGAGAAAGGAGCUAUUAUAA